UUCACAGGUUCUUGUAUAUACUUAAAACUAACUUAGACUACUUGAUAAUUUCAUCUGAUAAAAUGGAGGGGAAAUUUGAUCAAUUGAAUACAAAGCUGGAGUUGUUGGAAUCGCGAAUUACAAAAAAUUUAAAAAUAGAAAUAAAAGCAAUAGUGGAAGAAAGCAUAAGGGACCUACUAGAUGACUCAAUAAGUGAACACGACAAAAAGAUUUUAACUCAUAUUAAUGAAUCAGUCCUGAAUAACACGCAGCAGAUGACUGAGAAAUUGGAGGCUAUGUUUCUUCAAAGUGACCAGCUGGUAGAGAAAUUUUCAAAAGUAACUGAAGAACUAGAUGGUCUGCGUCUCAAAAAUUGUAAUCUUGCCACUGAUCUCUGCACAGUAAAAGCCAGCCAGGAGUUUAUUAAUGCAGAGUUUGAGAUCCAGAAAGAUUACAUUGUUAAGCUGGACCAGGUGGUGAGGAAUCUGUCUGCCAAAAAUGAAUACUUACUAAGUAUGUUUAAUUCUCUUAAGCACCGAUUCGACCAUGAUUUUGAGGACCUUGCACAGUACGUGAGAAGGGAAAAUAUUGAAUUUCAUGGGAUUUCCUUCAGGGAAGGCGAAAACACAGAUAACAUAGUUGUAGAAAUUGGGAAAAAACUGGGCAUCACUGUGGAAAGACUGGACAUUUCGGUAUCGCAUCGUCUUCCAAGGAGAGAUAGUUCUAAAACUGGACCGAUCAUUGUUCGAUUCACUAACAGAAAUAAAAAAAAUGAAUUCAUAGCUAAAAAGUUUGAUGCUUCUCAAAUCAAGGACUUUGGUAUAACAGGCUGGAAGUACGAACGAUACAUACACAAAGUGAAGAAAAUAUGAAAAAAUUGCAUUCCAGGGUGAAAGAAGACGCCGAAAACCAUUAUGUUAAUUUUAGAAGCCGUUCGAGCAUUUUUCCAAAUAGAGGUAUUCAAGUUGACGAACUUGUUGAGCAAGAUCCAUUACACACACAUAGA